AGGCUGAGGGCAAGUCCAGACAGGUCAGUCCAGAGCAAGAGGAAGGCUAGAGCCCCUCCCGUUCCAGAACAGAAGCUUGCAAGGAUGAGUGGACUUCCUUCUACCCGCUCAGAGAAAGCAAGGGUGACUCACAGAAGCAAACGUCUAGGUCUCUUGUAUGUGCAGAAGUCCAAAGUCACCCGAGGAGGAAACCAGCCAGAGAGUGCUCAAGAGCUGGGAAACCCAUGCAAAUGAGGCUGGCCCCCAGCAACUUGGAAGCCAGGACAGAAGCAAGAAACUGAAGCACCCGCCUGGAUACUGUGCUGAGAGUGAAGAAGGCUUGCUGAAGCUGGACAUCUCCUGUGAAGCUCCUGCAUGUGAUCCGAGGAUGGCUGAACCACAGGGCCAAGAGCUCACAGCUGAGUGCCCUGUCUGCUGGAACCCCUUCAACAACACGUUCCACACCCCUAAAGUACUAGACUGCUGUCACUCCUUCUGUGUGGAAUGCCUGGCCCACCUCAGCCUGGUAGCCCCAGCCAGGCGCCGUCUGCUCUGCCCACUCUGUCGUCAGCCCACCGUGCUGGCUUCAGGGCAACCAGUCACUGACUUGCCUACAGACACUGCCAUGUUGACCCUGCUCCGCCUAGAACCCCACCAUGUCAUCCUCGAGGGCCACCAGCUCUGUCUCAAGGACCAACCCAAGAGCCGUUAUUUACUGCGUCAGCCUCGGGUCUAUACCCUGGACCUUGGCACAGAGCCUGGGAGCCAGACUGGGCCCCCUCAGGACACAGUCCCUGACACCAGGCCUGUGCCCAUCCCAAUCCCCAGCCACUACUCUCUCAGAGAGUGCAUCCGCAACCCUCACUUUCGGAUCUUUGCCUACCUGAUGGCUGUUAUCCUCAGUGUAACCCUACUGCUCAUCUUCUCCAUCUUUUGGACUAAGCAGUUCUUUUGGGGAGUGGGGUGAGCACUCUCUCUGUUCCAGCACAAGGAACAGAGCCUUUCACUGUGGUUGCUGGAAUGGGGACUACGGAGCCUCCUUUGAGGUUGUCUUCCUUGUAGUAUUGCUCAUUUGACAGCCCAGAGACAUGUGUCUACUUUGGAGAACAGGGAUGGCUCAACACGAAGAGCUGAGACCUGAAAGUAAACUAUGGGGUCAUGGAGUCUAGAGAAGCAGUUCUGUGGUUCCAUGGCUACAUAGCAAGUUGUGCCAAAGGGCUGGACAGCACUGUCCAGACAUCUGACUAGUUGAGAUAGCUUGUGGCAUCUUUCACUGGAGCUGUGUUUAGCUGUUCAUGUGUUACUGAAUUCUGGAGUGUUUCAAUUUGUGGGCCAAUGUAUUUGUCUCCCCUUUCAGCUUUCUCUCCAAUUCUUGUUGCCAUUCCCAGUAAAACUAGCAUGCAUUCUUUAAUUCAUUGGUUUCUUUCUUUCACAAUCAUUUAUUGGGCAGAGACUGAAAGGGAAGAAAAGAUUCACAGGCCCUGGGGUGGCAGGUAGCCCUUAGUGGAAGG